CUCUGGCCCAGCCGUCUGGGCCCCCGCGUCCCAGGCGCUCUCGCCGACGCCCCUCCGCGCCUCGGGUCCCGGGUUCCGCCCGGCGGGCCAGGCUGGCACCGCCUGCCUCGGGUGCAGCCCGCGCCGAGCGCCCGAGCAUCCCUGGGCCUCCCACGUCCGCGAAGGAUUUGCCUCCUAAAUCUCUCCGUGUUUGCACUCUUAACGCCUCCCCUCCCCGCUGGAUUGGCAAAACACAGGUAAAUGCCCAAUUCUCUUCCUGAACUUCGGAUCACACCCCCGCGUGGCCUUCGUCGGCGAGCCUCCAGCGAGCAGCUCGCGCCCCGGUGGUUGGGGGCCUGGGGCGGCUGCGUCCGCGAGUCCGCGCCGCUGGCCCAGGACCGUCAAGUUGGGGCCCGGUGACGCCCGAGGGUCCAGAUGGGAUUUUCUGGAAGUUCUGCUCCAAGUACAUGGUGCACUUCAGAUCGUUUUCAAAGCAACAGUUUCUGUCCUGGAAUUGCCCUUGGACCCCGUGUGGAGGUUAUGGAUGAUGGCAAGCCCAGUCCUGGGCCACUGAGCGAGACCUCGGAAUUCCUCUUCUCCUUUGGAGUCAUAGCAGAUAUUCAGUAUGCCGACUUGGAGGAUGGCUAUAACUUCCAGGGAAACAGGCGGCGCUACUACAGACACAGCCUGGUCCACUUGCAGGGCGCCAUCGAGCACUGGAACACAGCCGGCAGCCCGCCCCGCUGCGUGCUCCAGCUGGGGGACGUCAUCGACGGAUACAACGCGCAGUAUAAAACCUCCGAGAAGUCGCUGGAGCUUGUUAUGAGCGCAUUCCAGACGCUGAAAGCGCCCGUGCAUCACACGUGGGGGAACCACGAGUUCUACAACUUCAGCAGACACUACCUAACCAAUUCCAAACUGAACACAAAGUUUCUGGAAGACCAGAUUGUGCGCCACCCCGAGACCGUGCCUUCCGAGAGCUACUAUGCUUACCAUUUUGUACCGUUCCCCCAGUUCCGGUUCAUCUUGCUGGAUGCUUACGACCUGAGCGUCUUAGGCGUGGACCAGUCCUCUGCAAAGUACCAGCAGUGUCUGAAGAUACUGAGGGGUCACAAUCCAAACUCGGAAUUGAACAGUCCUCAAGGACUGUCUGAGCCCCAGUUUGUCCAGUUCAACGGAGGAUUCAGCCAAGAGCAGCUGAACUGGUUGAACGAAGUUCUCACCUUCUCGGACACAAACCAGGAAAAGGUGGUGAUUGUGAGCCACCUCCCCAUUUACCCCGAGGCCUCGGACAGUGUGUGCCUGGCCUGGAACUACAGAGAUGCCCUGGCCGUGAUUUGGUCCCACAAGUGUGUGGUGUGUUUCUUUGCCGGUCACACUCACGACGGCGGCUACUCUGAGGACCCCUUUGGUGUGCACCACGUCAACCUAGAGGGCGUGAUAGAGACGGCGCCGGACAGCCAGGCGUUCGGCACAGUCUACGUCUACCCUGACAAGAUGCUCUUGAAAGGGAAGGGCCGGGUUCCAGACAGAGUCAUGAGUUACAAGCGGGGGAACGCUCUCCAGGCUUAGUCUGCAUGAUCUCGUUUUACCUCUAUGGAAAGAGAGUGGCCUCGCUCGGUGUUUUUGUUCCUCUGCCCCCAGAAUCCUCAGUCCCCCGUUUGGCGUUCUGUUCACGUAACAAAAUGUAUUUGUGGCCUCCGUGCGCACCAGCUCACGAGAUGCUCUGAAACAUCAUUUUUGGAUGACAGAUCCCGAGCUGAGGACUGGACACGAAGCGAGUGAAGUGGCGUGAAUAAACCAGGGCAGAGGCCGAGGGGGCUGGUGGAGUCCGCCAGACAGACUUCAUUUAGCCUGACGGGAAAUCAGGCUAGUUUUUUCUUUUUUUAAACCAAGGAGGACGUAGAGGAUGUAUUCAUAGAUUAACUGUGUAACUUAAAAUUCGUAAUAAAAAAAUGAAGUAAGCUCA